AUGGCGACACCGGACACCGAUAUGGACGUCGAUAUAACACCAUCGUUAGAACCUGGGAAGGUUAUCACAACAGGACAGGAACAUCUUCGACGGUUAGGCGAUAUUGUCAAGUUAUGGAACGUCUCCAUCGACCGUCGAACAUCCUGGAAAACCGAUCGGGGCAGACUCUACAAGUACAAGCUCCCAACGUUGACCAUUGGUGUCCACGGUACGACGGGCUCAGGAAAGAGCACGCUGAUCAACAACCUCCUUGACUGUGACAUCCUUCCGACUGGAGCAUCUGGCGAAGCUGUCACCAGUGUUCCGAUCUUCAUAUCGUACCACGACGAUAUCGAUGCUCGUUGCGUUAUCGAAUUCGUGGAUUUGAAAACCUGGAAGACCGAGAUCGCGAGGUUCUUGGAUGAUUGUCAUCUGUGGCCUAUAGUUCGCCAUGCGACCCUCCAUUUAAAGGUCGACUUCCUCGAGACAGGGAUACGCCUCAUCGAUCUUCCGGGAACAGGUGACGCAAACACAGCUCGAGAACGUGUUGCGCUCGACUAUCAAGAUAAAGCCGAUGCCUUUUUCAUCGUCUCACCUAUCACAAGGGCCAAGGAUGACGGACCGACACUCGAUAUGGUGAAGUCUUUGUCAAUGGGUGAGUUCCUUCUCACCAAUAACGUGGACAAGCUUACAAUUAUAUGUACACAUUCGGAUUCAAAUCCUGAAACUGUCUUGCGGGACUUUCAACCGGAGGAGUCCGUGGAAUGGGAUAUGUUGUCUCACCGUCGCGAGGCAUAUAUGAACAAGUUGAAGGAAUGCAAAGAUAAACUCUGCAAGCUGAAGCUUGGGUGCGAGGGCCACGUCUCAGCCCAGACCUCUCGAUUAGAGAAAGAAGUCGGCAAUUGGAGCGCGUACCUCGCGGAUGUAGACAAGGCCAGACUCCGUAUCUCAUUGCGCCGCCACGGUAUAUUCCACGGGGAGAAUCUAAACUACAGCUUCCUUGUUCCCUUCCGGGACGAAAUGAUUCGGGAAUGGAAUCGCAUGUUUGGCCAAGCGUUGCUCUCUGAUGUUGCAGAAGACGUUGUCAAGUUGCUCUCGGAGGCUCUGGACACGCUUGCUUCCAGGAAAAUAACGAGCCCCACUCUACAAAGACAAUUCGAUGUUCAGCGCCGUCUUUCCGUCUCGAAAGCUCGACUGUCCCUGACCAUCGCGGCUCAAGAGUUUGAUUCAAUCGUUCAACGUGGAAGACAGCGACUACACGCAUCUUUAUCAGAGUGGAUCAAGGAGUUUCUAAGGUCCGAGUACGAUGAAGCGUUUUCGUUCACGGGUCGCGGUAGCGUCUAUUUGCAGCAGGCUCAUUUUCGCCGUUUUGUGGACGACAAUAGUGAAUCUAUGUUUAUACACGUGUGGAGUCGUCUCUCAGGCGGUCUCGACGACCUGACAGGGGACGUCCAGAAGUCCAUGUUGAGGUGUUUGAACAACACAAUUGAACAGUGCACCCGCUCGAUAUCAAUUUUAUGGGACGAGCCCAAGAAAAACGUGAACUAUGAAGAGCACCGAGAAGAGAUAAAUAAAAUAAUCACCUUUGCAGAGGAACAGCUGGCGCGAUGCCGGCUAGCGUCACCGAACAUGGCCAUCUGA